UUUCGAGAAUUAAAUGGCAUCUGUCCGUUGCUUCUGAAAACAGUGCCUGUAGGGACGACACCUGCAGGGAUGACAAGGGGAGCGCCUGGACCACGCUGUAGUGACAAUGUUUCGGAAAGGCAAAAAGCGGCACAGUAGUAGCAGCUCCCAAAGUAGCGAGAUCAGUACUAAGAGCAAGUCUGUGGACUCCAGCCUCGGGGGCCUUUCUCGGUCCAGCACGGUGGCCAGCCUGGACACGGACUCCACCAAAAGCUCAGGACAAAGCAACAACAACUCAGACGCCUGUGCGGAAUUCCGAAUAAGAUACGUCGGUGCCAUUGAGAAACUGAAACUCUCUGAAGGAAAACGUCUGGAAGGGCCACUGGACCUGAUCAAUUAUAUAGACGUUGCCCAGCAAGAUGGGAAGCUGCCUUUCGUUCCCCUGGAGGAAGAAGUGAUUAUGGGCGUUUCCAAGUACGGCAUCAAAGUAUCCACACCCGAUCAGUAUGACGUGCUGCACAGGCACGCCCUCUACCUGAUCAUCCGGAUGGUGUGCUACGACGACGGCCUGGGGGCGGGGAAAAGCCUGCUGGCGCUGAAGACCACCAAUGCCAGCAACGAGGAGGUCAGCCUGUGGGUGUACCAGUGCAGCAGCCUGGAACAAGCACAAGCCAUCUGCAAAGUCCUGUCCACCGCUUUUGACUCCGUGCUGACAGCUGAGAAGGCGUGAGUCUGCCAAGCGGGUCGGCGUCGCGGGAGGAAGAUUGGCUGUUUUCUAAACUGGCUUUCAAUCUGCAGCGCUGAACUAGCAUGAAAGUAUGAAGUGACCCCUUGUUCUAGAUUUUCUGGGAAGAAAAUGCAACGUAUAAAACAUUGGCCAUUUGUUUUUCUAUUAAAAUGUGUCUUAUUAACAGUGA